AUGGGGGUUCCAAUAUCAUUGGGGGUUUUCAUGUUGCUACCCGCGGUUGCCUUCGGCUUAGGGUCAAACAUCAAUGACACUCUCCAGGUUUACACUCAGUCCGAACUUGGAGGGCUCACAGCCUCGACCGACUGCCUAACCGCGCUAUCGCAAAAUGUGAGCUGCUACGCGAGCUUGAAUGUUGCUGUGACCCAGGAGAGCACGUGGUCUACUACUGCCUUGGAUCUUAUCUGUUCUGCAAACUGUGAAAGUUCCUUGGACGAGUACAUCACCGCGGUCGACGAUGCGUGCGGCCAUGAUACAGUAUAUAACCUGACCGGUGGCUCUCAGACAGCGUCUCAAGCAGGAAUCACUUUGAGGUGGAAGGAACAAACAACCUGUUUGAAAGAUCCAACCACGGGCCGAUAUUGCAAUUUGAUCCUGCAGGAAGCUGCACAAGAUGGGAAUGGGAGCUCCCUGCAGUGUAGCAACUGUACGAUUGCUUAUCUGGAGAGCCUAGCCAGUGCUCCCUCCGGUCAGUUGAUGGUCCAGCCGGCGAAGGUGGUCAGCAUAAUCUCAGCUUGUUCUGGCACUGCCUCCUUGUCGGUGACAGCUUCUACUUCCUCAGGAGCCGCCACUUCAGCGACGACCACCAGCGCAUCCAACUCUGAGAAUACUCGUUGUAAUGCUGCCACUUCGUGGUAUACGGUCGUGGGUAAUGAAACUUGUGUUGACAUUUCGCGAGCCAGUAAUGUCUCGACCCCGGCCCUGGUGUCCUUGAAUGCGCUGGAUCUAAGCUGCAGAUACAUUGCCGCAAACCAAACUUUGUGCCUACCCUCUGUAUGCAACAUUUACAGGGUAUCUCCUAAUGACACCUGCGCCUCUAUUCUUGGUGGCCUGGACCGAGAGGUGUCAGAUGCUAUCUUUCGUUCGUGGAAUCCCAGUAUCAAUGCAGCUUGCUCCAACCUGCAAACACUCGUCAAUGGGUACAUCUGUGUCAGGGCAGUUCCAACCAAUGCAGUCACGACUUCCAACACCGAUUGUGGGCACUGGUACACUAUCCAAAGAAGGGACACAUGCGACGGAAUUGCCGGGGAAUUUGGAAUAUCCUUACGAGAGCUCUACUUCCUUAACCCGCAGCUUAACGGCACCUGUGCAUCUCUCUGGGUGGGCAACAGCUACUGUGUGCAAGCGGUGGGUAAUAUCGACACCUACUCAGGAUAUACUACAUCCAGUCGGGUGUAUACAACGUUAGCUCAGACGAUGGAUCUGAGCGUGACUCAAACUGUCAAUCGGACGACCACGCAUUUUUUCUACUCCUACCCGGCUAUGUCAACAUCAACUGUUGUAUACAACCCGACAGCUUAUGAGAUGACCCGCAACUACACCCUUUGUCGGCAAGCCUUGGCCUACUACAACAUUACUAGCGACGACCAAAUUGUCGACGCCGAGUUCGAUGACCCAGCUUGGUAUCAAGAGUACGAGCGCGUGUGCCUGCUUAAUCUUACACAAUCAUUGCCCACAAUUCCUUUUAAUACGAGCAUUGCGCUGGUCACCUGGACAGGUGAUAUCGUGGUAGAUCAGACAUCGUCCACCCGCGGUCCGGUCCCUUCGGGUUAUAUCACCUGGUCGGCCUCUGCAACAGGCGGUACUUCAACAGCACCAGCAGCGAGCAGUAGUAGCGGUUCAACUCCUUCCAACUCCUUGCUCUCGUUGUCCUCAGCAACCACCACUCUUUCGACCCCAAGCUCCACUGGUUCUUCUACCAUAUCACCUAACGGACUUUGCGGCGCGACGAACCAUGACUGGGUCUGCAGGGGGUCUGGAUUCGGAGAUUGCUGUAGUGGCAGUGGAUAUUGGUGCGUUCCCACACAUGGUUUCCGUUCUUCAUAGCUCACAUUCAGCUUUCCAGUGGAUCGACCAGCGACUACUGUUCGACGGUUGGCUGUGACCUCACUUAUGGCGCCUGUUCCUCGGCUGUGAUUUCCCCCAAUGGUCUCUGUGGAACAAGUAAUAACCACUGGGUUUGCACUGGGUCUGAAUUUGGUGAUUGUUGCAGUGCUUACGGCUAUUGGUCGGUUUCCUUUCCCCCUCGCCCCUUUCCCCUCUAUCGUGAAUCCACCUCAUGGUUCAAGGUUGCCUAUAAUGGAUACUAAUACUGAAAAACGACAGUGGGUCGACUAGUGACUAUUGUAGUGCGGGAAACUGUAAUAGUGCUUUUGGGAGCUGCACGAACUAGAUAGGUACUAAUAGCAUGGGGCAAAUCGGGGUCUUCGGAGAUGAUCAUGGAUGCCGUGCUCGCCCACCGGGUGGGGUGGGAGUGGGAGGGGGCCGGGCCGAGCAAUCAUUUUCCGCGGAGUUGUUUAUACCCGCCGAGCGCCACUUG